CUCUCCAGGCCCUUUGACGCUUUAGCGACUGCCCUUCUCUACUCUCCAGGGAGGAGCCUCUUUUCUGUAUUUUAUUUACCUUGCGCACACGCAUCAUGUCUACUGUAGAUAUCGGAGACGACAGCGCCGACAGCUUGGCGGGCAACGCUGGCGCUACAGGCGGGUGGAGCCUUCGCGUCAAAGCGCUUCUGGAAGGCGGCGCAGAGCGCGAGUACCGAGUACAAGUCCAGCCCAGCGCGACAGUCGGCGACUUCCGCACGAAGCUGUCCAGCAAAAGCCAGGUGGCAGUACACCGGCUGCGACUUAUUUUCAGCGGGCGGGUGCUUGCCAACGACAGCCAGAGGCUAGCAGACGCCGGGGUGGGAGGAUGGCUGUGCCUUGCAUAUGGUUGUGCGCCCCGCUGCCACAGCCGGAAACAGCGAUGCUGCCAGCAGCCAGCAGCGCGAAUCACCUGGACAGGGGCGAGCAGCUACCGAUGGGCGCCAGGGAGCCGGGCGCUCGGUGACCGUCGACAUUCCCAUCUACUUCCAUGCUCCGGAGAAUGUGCGAUCCGAGCAGGACCAGCAGCAGCAGCGUGACCGGCUGGGGCGGACCAUCGCUACGGUGUACCGGAACUUUGGAGCCGGCGAUGGCGGCGAGUGGAUCGCAAGGACUUUGACCGGCAGCAUGUACCG